CAGCAGUACCUCUGUGUUUCAAAACAACCAACACUGAGAUUCAGAGGAACUACAAAUCCCAUAAAGUGUUGCAGGUCUAGGGUCUUUGAAGAACGAGGUCGGCCCCGGCGCAGGCGCAGUGGCGCUAGAUAGACUGUGAAGAAACAUGGCGUCCCGGACGUUGACUGGGAAAAUCUACUCCCUGCUGUUCCGCAGGACUUCCACGUUCGCCCUCACCAUCGUCGUGGGCGUCCUGUUCUUCGAGCGCGCCUUCGAUCAAGGCGCGAACGCCAUCUACGACCACAUCAACGAGGGGAAGCUGUGGAAACACAUCAAGCACAAGUAUGAGGACAAGUAGUUCCUUGGAGGCCCCCAUCCAGGCCAGAAGGACCAGGUCCACCCAGUAGCUGUUUGCCCAGAGCUGGAGCCCCAGCUUGAAGAUGAUGCUUAAGUUACUCUUCGUGGACCACCGUUCACCGUUGGCAAGAAACGCUUUACCUUCAAAACAGACUCUUGACCUUCUGCUGUGUUUGAAGUAUGUUUAGUCAGCAUGAUGAGGAAAUAAAUGUGAAUUGCCCUUCAGACCU